AUUCAAUCCACGUGGUCUCCUAAGCGGAAUAUUAUAGACCUUUACAGUAAUAAAACUUCGAUUAUUGCAGUUGGCAGAUAUCAAGUUGUCUGGCGGCCAAAGUGAGUAAAAUAUUCUGAGGACGCCCCUGUUCAGCGAGCUUGGAUAUUGUCAUCUGACAUAUAUUUCUGACAUUGACAGUUUGUUUGUCUUGUGGUUUAUUGGUUAUUUUUAGGUAAUUCAUCCUGAUAAAUAAUUAGUGAUUACAAAAAACACCUUUGAUUCAAGAUUUUUUUUAACAUGUUGCCUAUUUUUAUUCAUUCAUUACUCCGCAAAGUUUAAUUUUGAUUGGCCUGCUGAUUAUGUGGCGGUAAUAGUAUGCAGUGUUUUCCUAAUAUGCACCUUGUAAUUUUGGUGUGUUAGUUGUGAGGCCAUGAGUCUCCUAGGGCUUAAGAAUACAAAAGCAAACGUUAUAUGAUAACUUGAGUAUAACAAAAUGAAAUUUUCCGAUCGUCUUUAUAAUUUCUAUGCGGGCAUUAAAAUGAAAAAAUUGGGCAUGUAUUUCAUUGUGGCAUCUUCAAUAAUUGUAAUUUGGAAAUUGACUGUGAUAGAAAGCGGUGUUGAUAGACUGCAAAUCUUAAGGGAAGCCUUAGAUCUGCAUAAAGAAGAAUUGCAACUAUCCCAACAACAAUUGCUUUUGCUAGAACACCUAGAAUCAAACAUAGAUCCAAAAUCUAUUCCAACAGUUUAUGCAAUCACACCAACAUAUUAUAGAUAUGUUCAGAAAGCUGAACUCACAAGAAUAUCUCAGACAUUGAAAUUAGUUCCUAAUGUACAUUGGAUUGUGGUAGAGGAUUCAGAAGAAAAAACAAAUUUAGUACGAAAUCUCAUUUUAGAAUCUAAGCUUAUAGUUACUCAUUUGAAUGCAAAAACACCUCCAUUAGAAAAAUUUAAAGAUAAGGAAAGGUGGAAGAAGCAUCGGGGCGUUGAGCAAAGGAAUGCAGCCUUAGCAUGGUUAAGAAAUAAUUUGCAUCUGAAUAAAGAUAAAGGAGUGGUUUAUUUUAUGGAUGAUGACAAUACAUAUAGUGUAAAACUGUUUCACGAGAUGAGGAAGGUGAAAAAGGUUGGUGUUUGGCCUGUGGGAUUGGUAGGGGGCCUUAAUGUAGAAACACCAAUCCUGGACAGUGCUACAGGAAAGGUAAAACGAUAUAAAAGUGGCUGGAAACCAAAUCGUAAAUUUGCUAUAGAUAUGGCUGGAUUUGCAAUUAAUCUGGAUUUAAUAUUAGCAAAACCACAAGCCUCCUUUUCCUACCAAAUGGAAAAAGGAUUACAAGAAAGUGAAUUCUUAAGCUAUUUCACCACCAAAGAAGAGCUGGAACCAUUGGCAGACAAUUGUACAAAAGUUUAUGUUUGGCACACCAGAACAGAAAAGCCAAAUGUAAAUGGUGUUGUGGAUGGUUUUGAAGUGUAACUAGUUGGCAUUUAAAGUACAAAAACAAAUUAGAUUUGCAAUUAGGUACGAUUUUUAGAUUUAGGCAGAUGCAAAGUGCACACUUAUCACUGAUAUUUUUCCAAGAAAGUUUUUAUUGGCUAUCAAAUCAUAGAUUAUACCAGAUGCUACAAUAAUUGCAUGACCUGACCAAAGCAAAGCUUGAACUGAAGAUUUUACAUAUUUUCUAGUAAUAAUACAUUCUUUUGCACCAAAGUUGAAACUUUGAUUUAGCCUUAAAUGAGCUUGUAUUACAUUAUUAGUAAUAUGAAUUUCAUUCAUCCAUUGCAACCUACUGCUUUUCCCAGAUAGGCAAAUGAAUAGGUACAAAUGUUAGUGAGAAGGUUGGACCCUAGAAAAAUAUAUUAUUGAAGUCCAACCAAGCUUAUGUUUCUGUUUUAUCAACCAGGUAAGGUACUGACUGACCCAAUGAUAAAACAGAUAUCAGUUACCAGAGGAAAAAUAACAUUAAAUGAUCUAUCUGAACAUAUCAACAUCAUCAACUAUAGGAAAAACAUUAUAAGGCUGUUGCAUCUGGUAUAGGAAAAGGGUUUGGAUUCAGCUGGACUAUUCCACUUUACAAAUGCUUGAAAUUUAUUGCAUAUUAAGCAUUUUGCAUCAAUCAACAUGAGUCAAUAUUCAUUUUAAACAGUUUUUACCAUUUUCUCUCAUAUAGUUCACAAUGGCCAAGCUAGUUUACUGUGCAUUUUUUUUAUUCGUGGCAAUAUCCAUCUUCCAAAAACUACACUUGGGCAAAAUAGCAGCAUGGCCACUGCAAAUUCCAGAUUGAAGGUAUUUUUUUUGUUCCAAUCAACUGGAUUAAUAUUGAAAAAAUAUUUCAGUUUGCUUAUUCAGCAAGUGUGGCCCUAGAACAUAUUUUUUCUUUUUAAAUAUUUUAUUAUUGUUGGAAUAAAAUUAUACUUUAUAAUCUAUAUAUUUUUAUUUAAUCCAUAUUUUUUGUAAUAUAUUUUUGAUUUACAUACUCAUCCUUGAAAUAUUUUUCUCUUACAGUUAUUGUAUUAUAUUUUCUAUCAUGUGAUAUUUUAAAUCAUCC